AGCCCGAGGAGAGGGCGCCGUUGCAAAAAAACAUGUCUGCUGAUCGUAAACUUGCGGAGGGAUCCGAUGCAAUAAAGCAGGCAGAGAAAUGUCUGAAAACAGGAUUCUUGAAGUGGAAGCCUGACUUUGACAAUGCAGCCAGUGAAUACUGCAGGGCUGCUACCUGCUUCAAGUCAGCGAAGGCUCUGGAGCAGUGCAAAGAUGCUCAUCUGAAAGCCACCGAUUGCUACUUGAAGGCUGGAUCCUUCUUUUCAGCUGGAAAGCAGUGCGAGCAGGCAGCCCUCGUAAGCAGGGACAUGGGCGACCUCAAGCAGACAUCAAGUCUCGUCGACAGGGCAUCUCGGUUCUUUAUCGAUUCUCGCAGCCCUGACACGGCAGCUCUUGUGCUUGAACGAGGAGCUAAGAUAAUUGAGGCAAAGUUCCCAGAAAUAGCUGUCGAAUUUUUCACUAGGGCAAGCGAGAUUGUUGGGGUUGAAGACAGGCCACGACAAGCCGCUGACUUCCGAAGUCAAGCAGUGCGGAUCCUACUAAAAUUGAAAAAGUGGGAUGAAGCCGCAGAAGCCAUCUCGGCCCAGCAACAGUUGCUUCUGGAGGGUGAAGAUCAAAAGUCUGCUGCUCGCCUCGCUGUCGGGCUGAUCCUGGUGCAACUUGCCCGUGAUGACCCGGUAGCUGCGAGUCGCGUGUUCAAGAACUCCUCUGCCUACAUGGAGAGUGAAGAACAGUGCACACUGUCAGAGCUAUUGGAUGGUUACGACGAAGGGGAUCCCGAUGCUAUAGUACGUGCACUGAACAGGCCGUUUGUUAAACACAUGGAUACUGAGUUUGCAAAAUUAGCCAGGAUCCUACAACAACAACAAAUGGCAGCUGCUGCUAAGCAAGAGGAAGAAACAUCGAGGAGGAAGAAGACUGAAAGUGUUGCCGUCCCUCAAGUGGAGGCAGGAGAAGGAGAAGGAGCUAACAUUCCACCAGAAGAUGAAGAGAAGGGUGAAGAAACUGUUGGCGCCGUACACGAGUCCGAAGAUGAUGAAUAUGCUGGUGGUCUACUCUAAGUCGUCUGCUUGUAUGUUGGCUCUCUAGACAAUCUUUUCUGCCCUGUAAUGUAUGCCUGUUCUCCUCAAACUUUGAGGAGCGUAAAAAAAUGAAGUAGGAAAACCUUAGGUGUGAUAUUCUUCCUUGUCAUUUAAAUUAUUAAUUGGAGAAGGUGCUCUGGAAUGCGCAAUAUAUAUAUCUAUGUAUGUGUAUUUCAAUUUUUAAAUAUGAAAUGUGCUAUAAUCCAUUUCAUUUCAUAGUUUUUAUGCUAUUACAGUAAAUGUAUCCCAAUCAAACGGGAACAUGAAAAAGUGAUUUUGUCGAAAGUUUUUUCUUUUACAACACUUUCUAUCAUGCAUAUUAUAUCUCCAAAGCACUUUGUGUUUGAACAGGUCAUGAUUCAGAUCAGUUUGUGUGGUUCAUUUUUUUACUACAGUGUUUGCUUAACGGUGAAGAAUACUAGCAAUUGUACUGCAGGAUUAUAUCAGUGCAGUCUAUGGUGACAGAGAUAUCAAACUUUCACCCAUUGAUGCUGCGCCAUACGGCUGGUUGUGAUCAUCUGCCCUGAUCGCAUGAUUCUUAACAUUUUCCCUUACAAGGAGCACGUAUGACAUGUACAGUGAAAGUACUUACAGCAGCAAUACUGUACAUAUUGGCAAACAGCCUGCCCUAAAGGCGGGCUCGCACGUGUGGUGAGAGUUGGGUUAAAUGAAUUUUCUCCCCAGCUACAAGGUGAAAACAGGAUAUACAGUCUUUGCUACACAU